AGGAAAAAAAGAGGGAGAGAGAAAAAAACCGUAGAAGAAAAAGGGAAACUCUGGCCAUGGCAUUGAAGCAUUCCUUAAGAAAAACUCAUACAGUUCGUAAACUCAACAAUCUCACUCAUACUUGUCCAUUUAUUUCAACUUCACAAUCAUCUGGUCCAAGCUUGAUGGUCACCUGUGAUCAACCAGCGGCAUUGAUUGAAUCAAAUCGCCUGGAAAAACCAAACCCUAAGUUUCUCAAAUACAGUUUACCCCAUCCUGUUGUAAUUGAUCCCUCAAUAAUCCUUUCUUUUCCUGAAACUCGAGUUACUACCCUUCCGAAUGGUUUAAGAGUUGCUACUGAAUCUAAUUUGGCUGCUAAAACAGCAACCAUAAGUGCUUGGAUUGAUGCAGGGAGUAGACAUGAUACUGAUGAGACUAGUGGCGCGGCUCAUUAUGUAGAGCAUAUAAAGUUAAAUUCAGCAUGUAGGAUGUCAAAGGAAGAAAGGCAAGAAAAGAUUCAGGAUAUGGGAGGGUGUUUGAGUGCUAAAACUGCUAGGGAAUAUACUGCUUAUAACCUGACGGUCAGAGAUAAGUAUGUUCCUAAUGCACUUUAUAUUAUAGCUGACAUUUUGCAGAAGAAUUCGUAUUAUAGUUAUCAAGAUGUUGACUUUUUAAGAAAUAUUAUUCUCCAAGAGAAACAAGCGGUUGAGAGAUGUCCUGAGAAACUUAUUUUUGAUCAUCUGCAUACUGCAGCGUUCCUGUCCUCUCCUCUAGGUAGAACUGUAUUGGGGCCUGAUCAUGUUAUCAAGACAAUCCACAGAAAUAAAAUUGUCGAUUUCAUUUCAACUCAUUACACACCUCCUAGAAUGGUCAUUGCUGCUUCUGGGGCUGUAAAGCACGAGGAUAUCAUUGACAAAGUAAAGAAGUUAAUUACGGACCUACCAACUGAUCCUACUACUGCUUCUCACCUGGCAGCUAAAGAACCAACAAUUUUCACCGCUUCUGAGGUUAGAAUAAUUGACGAUGGUGUUCCCCUUGCACAUUUUGCUGUUGCAUUCAAAGGAGCAUCUUUGACAGACCCGGAUUCAAUUGCUUUAAUGGUUAUGCAGUUCAUGCUAGGUUCUUGGAGUAAGAACACAGUGUUUGGAAAAUUCAUAGGUUCAGAGCUUGCUCAGAGGGUUGCCAUUGAUAAUAUUGCUGAGAGCUUGAUGCCUUUCAAUAAAAACUAUAGGGAUGCUGGUCUGUUUGGUGUGUACGCCUGUGCCAAGGCGGAUUGCUUGGAUGAAUUGGCCCAUGCAAUUAUGUAUGAGAUAAACAAGUUAAAAUACUGAGUUUCGGAAGCUGAUGUCAUCCGCAGUUGUAAUCAGGUAUCUCUUCGUGCUGCUCACUUGCUUACAUAUUUCGUGGACAAUUUCAAACCUUGCCUUUUGCUGGCCUUAUGUAAUCUUGACUGGAUUCGGUCAGGUAUUUUUAUCCUUUUGUAAGCGCACUUAUUCCUCUAUUGAGGAAGAAGGGGGACUAUCCCAUCCAUCCAUGAAAAUUUUAGUAAAGGAGUAAAUUUAAAGAAAAACACAAGAAAAAGGAUGUGCAUGUGUGUGGGUACUGGUGGGCAGGGAUGUAGUGGCAUAACUGGCUAACCCCAGCUCAGUCAUGGAAAUCGGAUAAUGGUAAGACCAAAUUCUCCUAGGAUUAAGAAUAGUCCAAGGAACAACAACUGGGUUUUGCAACACGUGAAUCCCGAUGUAUCUCCAUCGCAUUAGUUGACACCAUUAUUUAGCAUAAACUGCGUUUGCGCACUGUAAGAUUUGUUUUCUUUUCUUCAAUUUUUCGUUUUUGUUAAAAUGAUAAAACAACAGUUCAUGGACGGGACUAUAAAUCCCUCGUAAGGACACCUGCAUAUGUGGUUUGACAAGAAUCAUAUGGGGGUGCUGGUAUAUCUCUGGUUCAGACAUGUAAAGUAUUUUAGAUCCUUCAACUUCCUGAACAACUGACAUAAGAUAAGACUGAAAGAGCACAAAAGAAUGGAUUAGAGAGACAAGUGGUGGUUACUCAGGGUUUUCAAUACCCUAGCCAAUAACCUUCACCUCUUUUGUUAUAAUUGUAUUUCAUACCUGGAAAAGGAGGUAAAGGGCCGUGAAUGUUCCCAGUUCUGAUAGCGCCCGUAACAGUCACGUUGAAGUCUUCUAUUCUGCUCGAACUUGAUGGAACCACCUCAGUUGCUGAUGCUAUUGGCAGUCAGCUACUUGCUUUUGGCAGAAGAAUUUCAUUUGCUGAACUGUUUGCGAGGAUUGAAGCAGUGGACGCAAGUACCAUCAAGCGUGUCGCCAACCGUUUUAUAUCGGAUCGGGAUAUAGCGAUUGCGGCCAUGGGACCCAUCCGGAGGCUUCCUGAAUACAAUUGGUUUAGGCAUAGUGCCUCCUUGAAUCGCCAAUGGGUGGGUGGAAAAUGACUAAAGCAUCACUUCUUGUAUGUACCGAUAGGUUUUAACAGGUGUUGACGGCACAUCAUUUUCUGAAGGGAUGUAACACUAACAGGGGUGUAUUGGAUCAUGAUUUAUGUGGAUAAAAAUAGAUACUAGUUUACCUGAAUCAAAGUGGAUUUAUAAUGUUUCUUAAAAGAAUCUUUAUGAUUCUGGAUUAUAAUAGAUUGAAUUAGGAUUAAUGUAGAUAUAUAAAAGUUGGGGUAGAUUAGGGCCUGUUUUCAUCUUGAUUUUAAUGUUAGAACCUCUUUUAAAUAUCUGAUAUGCAUUUUGAGUUGUUA